UACAACCAACGCCCACUCAACCAUGGUACCGUGUCGGUGUCGAUCUCUUUCAGUAUUCCGGAAGACACUAUCUGUGUGUUUACGAUUCGAUGUCCAAUUUCCCAGAGGUGGAGCUCCUACCCGACACAACAGCCACCUCGGUUAUUGAUAGACUGAGUGCUAUAUUUUCGAGAUACGGCAUCCCAACGGAGGUAUGCUCAGAUAACGGCCCACAGUUUAGCAGCCACGAGUUCGCGCUGUUUGCAAAGCAUUACGAUUUCAAACAUGUGAAAUCCAGCCCGCAAUACCCCCAAUCUAACGGGCUCGCGGAAAAGGGUGUACAAAUAAUCAAACGCAUCUUAAAGAAAACGAAAGUUGCAAACGAAUGCUUUUGGCUUGGCAUAUUAAAUUACAGGGCAUGUCCUGUCGAAGAUGGUCGGUCUCCUGGCGAGCUGCUGCAAGGAAGGCGGCUGCGCACACCCGUGCCGGACUUCGAUCCCCUUCCUGUGAUACGGGUCAAGAAACACCGACAGACAGGCCACAACGAGCGGGUGCUGCCCCGCCUUAAAAACGACGACGUGGUACGCCUGAAUGGAGCGUCAUGGGCGCGGAAAGCCAAGGUAGUUGGAUCAGCCGGGCCGCGUUCCUUUUACGUGCGUACGGAGAAUAAUACCGUACUUCGGCGCAACCGUCGACACCUUUUAGCGACGAAGGAAGAAUGCGAGGUCGACUUGUCAGACGACGAAGAUUCGGACAACGACCGGGCCUCAUCACACGGAAUGACAUCCACAGCGCCAACCAUCACGACGGCUCUACAAACGGCAACUACGACGACUCUACAAGCGGCAGCUCAGCAGCCAACGGUUCAGCCACCGCGAAGGACAACACGACAGAAGCGGCCUCCGGAGCGAUUGGGUUAUGACGAGAUCUUCCAGCAAACGAGCCAGAGGUGUUGA